AUGCUGGGAGACGCUGACUUGGCGGAUCGAUUCCGUUCGUGGUCGGUGUCUUGGAAAAUCGUUCGGACUUUGAAGCUGCUGGCGGAGCAAGCUGGGAGAUGCAUUGAUUACGCAAGCUUGGGCCAUGGCUUUCCUCCGCAACACCCGGUGGAUCGCCUGUCAUAUCGAGAGGGCCAGCACUCCUCAUUCUGCAAGUCCCGGCUCCGCUCGGACAAGUCCACGGAAGCGGUGCGGGAGCUCUGCAAGAUUCGCCCGAGCGAGGAUGCAAUCUGCCGCCAGUUCAUUCGUGAGAUCGGCUGCUGCGCAGAGACGGUCGCAGCAUCCUUGGACGGGGUCCUUUCGGCGCUCGAGAGCGAGCUGCUCUUGCCCCUGCGGUCUCUGAACGAAGGGCGGCAGUGGAUGUACCAGACCCUCUCGAAAGCGCCUCUCCCGACUCUGGAGAUCGACCGAGUUGUGCACGAGAUUACGCAGAGCGUGCUCGAGAACAAGUACAAGUUCUGGCGCUACAACAACCCGGUUGGUGAGCGUCAGCUCGAGGGGCUCUCUCGGAGUCAGCUCGAUCUCUGGCAGGAAGCGUCCUGUGGCUGGGUGAAGAUCCCAUCAGGCACCAUCAAAGUCCACGAGGAUGAUGACAACGAGCUGGGGUUGUUCUGGGCCACCAAAAUUGGUGGGCCCUCGCACGGCUUUGAUGUGGAGGCUCAGUGUCAUCUGCCCCUGCUGGCCAAUGCGAGAUCCAAAGUGAUUCUUGUUAGCGACCCGAGCUAUCCUCAUCAUCCCGUGGGUCGUGCCCAUUUCAAGCUUCUAUGGACGACCAAGAAUCAGCCCCUAUUAUGGCUGGAGACCGUCAACAAAGACUUCCGAGCUGAUGUUGACACAGGACUCUGGUCGGCCGCGGUGCUCAUGCAUGCUGCUAAGAAGGCCAAGGCGAUGGGAGUCAUGCUGUUUUGUGAUCCAGCUCUCAGCGCCAUGUUGACCAGCGUGGCGUCGAGUCUUGACCAGUCCGCUGUGGUUGUCCAGGUUCAAGAAAAGAUUGUUCUCCGGCCCUCCAACGGCGUUACGGAAGCGUCCGACUUCUUGACGAACAAGCAUGACUGGCUUCAGUGCGAAGAAGAAGUGACCGGCCCGGUCCUUCGGGCGGCGUAUGUGCCACCAGGCGUGGAGAUGCCAGAUGCAGAGCCAGAAGCGCGGCUUUGA